GGAAAGGUGACUGAUACCAUUGUCUCUAUCUGCCUGCCUGUCUGUCUUGCCGGCCGGAUAUAAUCGUCAGGGCGAGAUGCAGGAGACUGCAGGUGUCCUGACGGUGCGGGCCCUGAAACACGCAGCCCUCUGUCUGGUUUUUCUGCCCCGGUUCCUCCUGGCAGCGCUGAUGCUGUGGCUCCUGGACUUCCUGUGCAUCAGGAGGAAGGUGCUGCUGAAGAUGAGGGAGCAGGGCAGCAGCCGCGAUGACCCGCCCGUUUGCGUCUCCGACUCCAACAAGAUGUUCACCCUGGAGUCGCUCAGAGCCGUGUGGUAUGGACAUAAAUUAGACUUUUUCAAAUCAGCGCACCUUGGAUGUAUCGCGCCCAACACAGAGGUGGUGCAGCUGAAGGACCGGCGCAGGGUCAGAGUCCUGGACUAUGUGAAAGGGAGGAGACCUCUCAUCCUCAACUUCGGUAGUUGCUCCUGACCACCGUUUAUGACGCGCUUGGCCGCGUUUCAGCGCGUCGCGAGCCAGUACGCGGACAUCGCUGACUCUCUGCUUGUAUACAUCGAGGAGGCGCAUCCCUCUGACGGCUGGGUGAGCUCCGAUGCGCCAUACCAGAUACCCAAGCACUGUUGUCUAGAGGACAGACUGAAAGCCGCUCAGCUGAUGCACUCUGAGGUGCCCGGCAGCAACGUGGUGGUGGAUAAUAUGGACAACUCGUCUAACGCGGCGUAUGGAGCCUAUUUUGAGAGACUUUAUAUCCUGAGGGAUGAGCGGGUCGUGUAUCAGGGGGCCAGAGGACCAGAGGGCUACCGGAUAUCAGAGUUGAGGAACUGGCUCGCGCAAUACCGGAACGAUUUGGAGAAUUCCAGAACAGUGGUGGUCCACGUUUAACUUAAAGAUAACCAUUACCUGCGGCGCGUAAAGUGUCCACACAUCAAAUAAGUAUUCAGAUGCUGCUACAAACUCUUGACACACUGCACAUAUGCCUCUACAUGUUGUUUUGGUUCAGAAGCGUUAUAACAGGACGCAGACAGACAUUUGACAUGUUUAUUAUGAUGUAAAACGCAUGAUAGGCUUUGCAGUUCUGCUGUCUUUUUCCUCAUUUUUUGUUUGGUUCUUUGUUUUUGUAAGGAUAUGUCCUGUUGAUUUGAACCUCUGCAACAUUUUGACUCAUUUCAGUUUGAGCAUCAUUUGAUUAUGAUCACUUUAUUUUUCUAUGGCUCUACCUUGAAGGUGUGUGUGUGUGUGUGUGUGUGUGUGUGUGUGUGUGUGUGUGUGUGUGUGUGUGUGUGUGUGUGUGUGUGUGUGUGUGUGUGUGUGUGUGUGUGUGUGUGUGUGUGUGUGUGUGUGUGUGUGUGUGUGUGUGUGUGUGUGUGUGUGUGUGUGUGUGUGUGUGUGUGUGUGUGUGUGUGUGUGUGUGUGUGUGUGUGUGCGUGUGCGUGUGUGUCUGGAAGGCUAAUACCUUUUACUCUAGUGUUGUUGUGAAGUUCAGUUUUGAAAGGGUUUUAAACCAGGAAACUGAUACUGAUGUUAUUUGAUACUAGAGUACUUGGCGACUAGCAAUGUCCUCAACAAAAUGUUCUGUAAAUUGUGUAUAUUUUACUGAACAAAUAUUUGUAAUAAAAUGUUAGAACA